GGCGGUGCCCAUCGGCGGGGCGGGGCGGUGUCCGCUCCGCUCGGGGGACGCCAGAGCCGGGCCGGAGCCGCCGCGGGAGGGAGCGAGCGGCCGGUGUAGGGACAGCGCCAUGGCCGAGAGAUACGACGUGGUCGUGGUCGGGGGCGGCAUCUCAGGUCUCUCAGCAGCCAAACUGCUGACUGAGUCAGGCUUGAACGUGGUGCUGCUGGAAGCCAAUGACAGAGUUGGUGGAAGAACUUACACCAUAAGGAAUAAACAAGUUAAAUAUGUGGACCUUGGAGGAGCUUACGUGGGGCCAACACAAAAUCGUCUCCUGCGAUUAUCUAAAGAGUUAGGAAUAGAGACGUAUAAAGUGAAUGAAGUUGAGCACCUAAUACACCAUGUCAAGGGUAAGUCUUACCCCUUUAAAGGUCCAUUCCCUCCUAUGUGGAAUCCGUUGGCCUACCUGGACUACAACAACCUGUGGAGGACCAUGGAUGAAAUGGGAAAGGAGAUUCCCAGUGAAGCCCCGUGGAAGGCUCCACAUGCAGAAGAAUGGGACAAAAUGACUAUGCAAGAUUUCAUAGAUAAAAUUUGCUGGACAAAUGCUGCCAAGAGUUUUGCAACUCUCUUUGUGAAUGUGGAUGUCACUUCUGAACCCCACGAGGUCUCUGCCCUUUGGUUUUUGUGGUACGUGAAGCAGUGUGGAGGGACAACGAGGAUAUUCUCAACAACCAACGGAGGGCAGGAGAGGAAGUUUGUUGGGGGCUCUGGCCAGAUCAGUGAGAAAAUAAUGGAGCGCCUGGGAGGCCGGGUGAAGCUGAGGAAGCCAGUCGUCCGCAUUGAUCAGUCGGGUGAAAGUGUCAUAGUGGAAACCUUAGAUCAUGAAUUAUAUGAGGGCAAAUAUGUGAUCAGCGCCAUUCCCCCUGCUCUUGGUUUGAAGAUUCAUUUCAACCCACCCUUGCCGCCAAUGAGAAACCAGCUCAUCAACCGAAUCCCCAUGGGCUCAGUCAUCAAGUGCAUUGUGUACUAUAAGGAAACUUUCUGGAGAAAGAAAGGGUAUUGUGGUACCAUGAUCAUUGAAGAUGAAGAUGCUGCAAUUGGCUUAACACUUGAUGAUACUAAGCCUGAUGGCAGCUUUCCUGCCAUAAUAGGCUUCAUUCUUGCUCGGAAGUGUAGAAGACUGACAAGUCUCACAAAAGAAGAAAGGAAGACGAGGUUGUGUGAGCUGUAUGCAAAGGUUCUGGGAUCAGAGGAAGCUUUACAUCCAGUGCAUUAUGAAGAGAAGAACUGGUGUGAAGAGCAGUAUUCUGGGGGCUGCUACACAGCCUACUUCCCACCAGGCAUAAUGACUCAGUAUGGAAGGAUUAUUCGGCAGCCUGUUGGCAGGGUCUAUUUUGCUGGCACAGAGACAGCCACAGAGUGGAGCGGAUACAUGGAGGGGGCUGUACAGGCUGGAGAGAGAGCAGCCAGAGAGAUACUGUUUGCUAUGAGGAAAAUCCCAGACAGUGAAAUUUGGAAGCCAGAACCUGAAUCAAUUGAUGUUCCAGCUUUGCCCAUCACUACAACCUUCUGGGAGAGGAACUUGCCGUCUGUGCCGGGACUGCUAAAGCUGAUUGGAUUUUCCACUUUCUUCACUUCUGUGGCUGUGGCAGGAUUAUUUGCCUACAAAAAGGGACUUCUGGUUCGAAACUGAAAAAGGAUACCCUGCCAAGCAUUAUCACCUUGAAGCUUUUAUCCAGAUCUCAGAGCAGAAGUGACAGUAUACCUCUUAAAAAAGGUUCUUUUCUGAUGACAUUUCCAGUUGUUAUUACACUUAUAUCUGAACCAGACCCUGAACUCUAAGUCUUCACAGGCACUUCGAUUUCUAGCCAUAAACAAAGGUUUUCUGCCUUUCUGUGUGGUGGACUGGGAAAAGAAAUCCAUAGCUUAAAGAAUAAUUAACCACUUCAUGCUAAUUGCUGGUGAGGAUCUUUUUUUUUUCACCCAGAUAUGCAGAGCCCAGGCAGCACCUAAAGGACAUCAGGCUCAAUUUAUCCAUCCAAACUACGCAAGUGUGGCCAUAGGUUGUUAGCAUUUCCAGUGGCAUAUUUGCCCUACAGUGAGUUAAAGAACAAUAUUUUUUCUGCCUUUGGCAAUGGAGUUGAAUUUCAGGCUCCCCAGCUGUGUUCACACUGCCUGGAACGGCAGAGCUCCUGCGUCCAAGUCGAGUCCAUCCCUGUGCGGAGUCAGAUCUCCUCUGCCUAGAAAACUGGCUGGCUCCACACUAGAACCGACGUGUGCAGCAGUGCGGCUGAUCAGGCUGUUGGGCCUGAUGAUGAACAGGGAACCUUGUGCUAAUGUGAUGGCACAGGCACAGCCUGUUGAGUCUUUUCACCCUGUCUGACAUCUCUUUGCCUCCAAGGUCCUCUUUUAGCUCCCUAAGUUGCUGCAAGGCCUUAUCGCUCUCUACAACUACCUGAAAGGAGGCUGUAGCCAGGUGGGUGUCGGUCUCCUCUCCCGAGUAACAAGUGAUAGGACAAGAGGAAAUGGCCUCAAGUUGUGCCAGGGGAGGUGUAGAUUGGAUAUUAGGAAAAAAAAAAUUCAGUGAAAGGGUUGUCAAUCAUUGGAACAGGCUGCCCAGGGAAGUGGUUGAGUCACCAUCCCUGGAGGUGCUGAAAAGAUGUGUAAAUAUGGCGCUUAGGGACGUGGUUUAGUGGUGGACUUGGCAGUGCUAGGUUAACAGUUGGACUUGAUGAUCUUAAAGGUCUUUUCCAACCUAAACAAUUCUAAGAUGGCAAGAGAACAAAUUAACUUCUGUUUAGCCCAGGAAGUUUUAAAGCCAUCCAUAAAAAUGCUUUUACAUAAUUUUCUUAUCGCCUUCCUUUCUUUCAUCUACUUAAGUUUAUACUUUGAACAACCUUGAGGCUGUCUCUUGCCUGGUAGGGCAUAAUGGGCUUGAAAACAUAGAGUUAGCAUUAAAAAACUCCAAACUUUAACUGCUCCCCAACAUUUGCUUUAUGCUGAACACAGCUUUAUGCUUUAUGCUGAACACAGCUUAGCUGACUGAGAGCUUCUGAACAACCAUAUUGAUGUGACUAGCACUUCCACUGAAUGAUAGAGAGAUCAAAGAGAACCGUGGAUAGGAUAGGAUAGGAUAGUCACAUGCAAGUGCUUCUGCCCUCCCUAGCUUUCAAACAAUGUAAAAAAAGAAAAGAAAAGAAAAGAAAAGAAAAGAAAAGAAAAGAAAAGAAAAGAAAAGAAAAGAAAAGAAAAGAAAAGAAAAGAAAAGAAAAGAAAAGAAAAGAAAAGAAAAGAAAAGAAAAGAAAAGAAAAGAAAAGAAAAGAAAAGAAAAGAAAAGAAAAGAAAAGAAAAGAAAAGAAAAGAAAAAAAACGAGCCACUAAAACCUUAGGUGCCUACCUGUCAACAUCACAGUACCUUGUUCUAGGUGUUUCUGCUGUUUUACAUCUGCCCGACACAAAAGAGGAAGUCACAGGUAUAACUGAGAACAGGAUUUGGUGCACAUGAAGUUUGAGAAAAGUUGCGUGUCUGGAAUUUUUCUGAGCCCAUUUGCUGUACUUCUCCCUUCAACCAGUGUUGAUUUAUAUGUAAAAAAUUACAUUGCAGUAAAAAGCCAUGGAGGGAAGUAUAAUAAGAAUGUAUUCAGCAACUGGUGUGAGCAGACGGUAGAAUUGCAUCACCAGUCUCAGGCAGACUUUUUGGGCUAGCGUUUGAUCUUGCUUGUGCACAGCAGUACUUCAUUCUCCAAAUAGUCCCACGGAAAUCCACUGAACUACUUAUAAAGCUGUAAUAUUUGUGAGCAGGGCAUCAGUUUCUGGCCCUUAGGUUUCAUUCUUUUUAACUUGAUGUGCCAGUUAAAAAUCUUCUUGUAGCAGCAGCUUGGAUUUUAUCACAAAUGAAUAGCCUCAUAACAGCCUUUUAAAAUGCAUAGGGGAACUUUUCAGACAUAAAGAUCUUUAAGUCAGAAGAACAGUGCAGCAGUGUACAUAUGGCCUUUCUCAUUGUACCACAUAGAGCACUAAUUAGCUGGGACAUUUGCCUACCACAGAGUGCUUCUACGUGGCUUUCUCUCUCUGUGAUUUAUUUACUAAAUGAAUUAGGAAGCAAAAGCUGAAUGGGAACUGUGUAAGUUCUGAGCUUUUGCAACUCAGACAAUUCUCAGGCCAGAAAUAAACAUAGGAACCUAAAUUUGGGAAGACAUUUUAAAAAUAUUGACCCAAUAUUUGUAAGUGCUAGACGGUGAAUACAUGCUUAACAUAUAAAGAACUGCUGCAUUUGCGGAUGAUUUCUCUGCCAAAAUUGUUUGGAAUUCAAGUCCUGCUUCUGCCCUAGAAAUGCUCUGCUGGUCUCUAAAGGGGAGCAGAUCCAUGAGACUGAGGGUAAAUUGGUUUUAUUCAAGUCCAAAAUGUACUUCUCUCUUCUUUGGUCCUGAAUCUGGCAGAGGUUUUUCCCAGUCUAACAAGAAAAUGUUGUGUGCCACAGGGGCAGAAAAUCGAGGAAAAAACAGAAGUCAGGUGUAGGUAGAACUGAACUGAACCAUAGCCAAAGUUUUUCCUGAGAUCUGUCAAUUAAAAAAAAAAAAAAGAAAAAAAAGGUGUAUAUAGUUAUAAACCUUUCUUAUUCUUACUUUCAAGGUGAAACAAAAAUGGAAAAAACCACCCACAAAGCAUUUCUCGUUAUUCUGUCACAACUAAAAGUAGCUGUGACUUAAAAUCUCAAAUUAAAUUUGGACCCCCUGAGAUUUGUAGCCAAAUCUGAUGGAGCUGGGAGAUCUGGAUUGCAACAUCUGUAUUAGCACUCAAAGGUCUCUGUCUUCUUCCUUCCAGACUGCCGAAGCAUUAGGAAUGCUCUCUUUGUCUUUACAGCCGUGUCUUACUACGAUUAUGCUGUGGAGCUUAUCAUCACUAUGGGAUUAAACAGAAGGAUUUGCUGCUGUUUUCUUGACAUCUUGCAUAUAAAAGGAACAUGUGGCACUUUGUCUAUGUGGAUGCCAGUGUGAUGAGAAAAUUGACAAAUGUAGGUAGAGAAUCAAGUUGCUUCCCCGUGGGUAGAGGGAACUGUUAGCACUGGCUUACAUUUUUAAAAUUCUUUUGUGCCAACCCUUCAAGGAGAGGAAUGAAGUCUGGUUUAACGGGUAACCAGUUGUGCUAUAUUCUUAAUUUAUUACAUGUUUGAUGAGAAAUCUGCUAUCAUGAAAGUUCCAGCAGUUUACCAGCUUCGUAAAAUGUAUUAUAGGAACAACCAUGGAAAUAAUUGCAUUUGUCUCUUAUGAACUGAUUUGUGUUACCAUGUAUAUUUUGUAAGGCUCUUAAGAGUUUGCCAAAAAAAAAAAAAGUUUACUUGCUUGUACACUGUUCUGAUAGCAACUGUAUAUUGCAAAGGAUGCCGGGUCAUGGCAUGAAAAUCUGUGUUAACCAAAGUACUUGAAAGCUAAUUGUACAAACUACUCCACAAUAACAAGGAAGUGAGCAAUCUGAGGCAGCCCCUUGUCUUUCCUUUAACUAGUGCAUUUUUUUCUCAAUGCAGAUCUUGAUUCCAAAUAGCACAUCUGCUGUCAAUAAAACAAAGACAUUAAUCACAAUUAAGUAUAUGUCUAAGCAUUGUCCAUCACUGCAACCCAAGGCCUGGAGGAGAAGCUAGGGACUUCUAUUAAAAUAACCUUCCUGUGUCCUCAGUGGGAUCGUUUCACUAAGGUAGAUUUUACAGAAGUGCAGAAAUUUUGAGUUUGUAGUUUUGGGUUGGGGGUUUUUUUUGAGACAAUAUUUUUGAGGAAGAAGGAAUUGUAUGUCCUCCAAAAGUACUUGGAUGCAAAAAGGAGCCAGGCUUAAAUGACAACAGGUCUGCCACUGCUCUCAGGCCAGAAGCAAACCCACAUAAAUCACAGAUUACAAAUGCUCCCAAACAAACCUGACCUGUGUUUAAAUGGACUAACAUUUCCUCUCCCAUCUCCACCACCUUAAGAUCACCUUGAUCUUAGAAUCUAUUUGUCAAUAGAGAUAAAACCGAGAUGGCCAAAGCAGUCUUGCUUUCAAAGUAUCUCAACAGUGAAAUUGUUCAGGCGUUGUCAUAGACUGCCGCUUAUAGCGUGUCUCCCGUGGUCAUGUACAGGUCAGUGUUCAGUGAUGCCUGCCUCUGUGUUUUGGACAAAAAGAGUGACUUCACUUUGCAGGAAUAUAUAUGCUGUGUGUGUGAUGAAUUUGUGCCUUUUAUAACUGUAGCAUUUUCUCAAGUGCCUCUGUGGUGACUGUCUCCCUUGGUUUCCUUCUUAAGUUCCCUUUUCAAUAGGCUCUGCAGAUAUUUUUAUCUGACAGCUGUGAACUUUUUUUAACCUUAAUUAGAAUCAAUAAAUAUUGUCAUGUCACGUUUA